CUUCCUCCCUCUGCUUGCAGAUCACCGUAUUGGUCGCUGGGAUGGAGCGACUGCGCUCCAGCGAGCUGUUUAGCGCAUGAUCAUGCGUUUGGCCGGUGCGUGUGUGGGAUGCUGCUGUAGCUACAAGUCCGCGGCGUAAAAAAAAAAAGUGGACAGGUGAGGCGCACCGUGCUGAGUGAGGAAUUAAAAAGACAGGGAGAGAGAAAAAACGCCCAAACACUGUGAUAGUACCUGGUGUGUGAGCGGACAGGAGCCACUGCCGCGCUCCGUAUCUGCAGCCGUGGAGGGCUUUCCCCCCUCCCGCUGUAAUAUUUAUGACAAAACGGAGGCGAAUUAUUCUGGUCACGUUUUUGGCUGACAGCCGGCUGUCCUGGAGAGCGCUGGAGUGGAUCGGGGUCCAGAGCUUGGAGAAAGCGCAGCGCACCGACACCUGCAGUAGGAUGUAAAGGGAAUUCCCACAAGCCAAACUGAUACAACCAUACAUCUGGACGCCAUCUUCAUCGCUGUCUCAUUUGAGCCAGAGGAAAGGGGACAUAGAACAUGAUCUGGUGUGGGGGCUACUGUUGCUAUGUGUGAAGGACUGCUGUGGCAUCAAUGGAGACCGAAGGCUAUCGAGACCUCCUGGAGACCAGUGAUGGUCAGGGGGUAGGCCUGCUGGAUGGAGGGGGAGAGGUGGGUGUGGAGGAGGGCUGGAGCACACCCUACCCUCUGGGCUUCCAGGUGUCUCUGACCACUGUGCUCAUGCUGGAGCUUGUGUUGGGCUUCAGCAGCAACCUGACCGUACUUGUGCUCUACUGUGCUCAGUCCAACCUGGUGGAUUCAGUCAGCAACCUGGUAACAGUCAACCUUCAUGUGCUCGACAUACUGGUCUGUGUGCUGUGUCUGCCGCUGACUGUGGCCGUGAUCCUGCUACCAUCUAAUGAAAGUGGAGUGGGCAGCCUGGCAACACUCUGCUGCUUUCACGAGGCCUGUGUCACAUUCACCAGUGUGGCCACAGCAGUAAAUGUGUUAGUAAUCAGUUUGGACCGAUAUGACAUCUCAGUGCGUCCAGCCAGUCGCUUGCUGACCCCCAGGCGUGCUGCACUGCUCCUGGCAGCAGUGUGGGCUGUAUCUCUGGCUGUUUUCUUCCUGCCCUUCCUCGAGGGGGACUUUUUCUCUUCAAGUGCUGAGGACAGUGAGGAUGAGGAGCCGCAAAGACAGAACAAUGACUCUGACCACACCACUGGAGUGACCCCCAUUUUUCGUCCUUCUCACCGUCUUUAUUACCCUCCACUCAUCCCUCCUCCCCUUCACACCACCUGCCUCCAGUAUGGCAAAACAGGACACUGCUGUGUGUUGGAGGGCAAGGGUAUUACACAGGCCUGGCUAUGUAUUACCACUUGUUACUCCAAGUGCCCUGCUUCUUCAUCGCUGUGGCAGUCAUGUUGUUCACCUACUCCAGGAUCCUACAAGCCCUCAACAUCCGAAUUGGCUCUCACGUGAUGAGGAGUACACGUGCAAAAGACACCACCUGCAGGAUACGCUGCUUGAGGCAGAGGAAGAAGGACCUGAGCCUGCCCACAGAGGUAGUGUCCCCAACCAGAACCAGAACCUCAACCAUCCUCCA